CUCUUUUCUCUAAAUAUUUUAUUACUUUAACUCAUUAUAUGUAACGUACUGAGUUUUCACGUCAAAAAGCAAAUAAAAAUAUCCGGUUAAGUAUAGAAUAGAAUAGUUUAAGGUGGAUAAGCCAUGCUACAAAACAAACCAUCAAAAAUCAAAUAAAGAUUUUUAAGGAAAGCAGUAAGCCAGCAACCCUUAAUUUGAUAAUCUCAUUUUUUUUCUCGUCCAAUCCAAGCGAAUCUUAAGCCGAUCUCUCAUCUCAGCAGAUGACCACAACAAUGGCGGCAGUGAUAUCAACAGCUUCAACACCAGCAUCUGUUUCAUCGGUACGACCCCUUUUUCUAAUCCCCAACAACUUGCUCAUUCCAUCUUCCUCUCUUUCUUGUACGAUUUCACGAACCAGAAUCAAUUCAAGACUUGUAAUUACUUCCCAAGUAGCCUUGAAAUCCGAUUCUUCGAUCGAUUCCGAGGAAGAAGAUGCAGAAUUGAAGAGUAAUCUUGAAAAGGUGGGUCGCAAAAUUCGAGUGAAAUCACCUUUGAAAGUCUACCAUAUCCCUAAAUUGCCUGAAUUUGAAUUGAAUUCCGAUAUGGUUGGGGUGAUCAAGCAGUAUGUUGGGUUCUGGAAAGGAAAACACAUCUCCCCUAAUCUCCCUUUUAAAGUUGAAUUCGUUGUUGAGAUUGAAGGCCGUGGCCCUGUCAAAUUCGUCGCUCAUCUUAAGGAAGACGAAUUCGAAUUCGUAGAUCAGUAGUUGCAGAACACUUACUUGCGUAGCUAUAGAACACGUGUUGUUUCUCUUACUACUACUUCACUACUGUUUAAUGUAUAUGCAAUGCAAUCCCCUCGAUGCCCAUACUGUUUCUCCUGUGAUUCGCUUCAUUGAUUGAAGUUGAUUUUGUAUUCAUCACUUUCUCUUUCAGUCUUACUGUGCUAUUUCUUCUUGCCUAUCUAUAUGUAUCUGAUAAAUACUAUGUGGUUAUAUUGUUUAGAUGAAGGAAGUUAACUUGGAAUA